UGCCCAAUUCCAAUUUUUCAAAAAAUCAUUUUCUUGGUUAAGACUUAAUGUCAGACCCGCGCAGACACUGACUGGGCCGGAACGUGGAGGCGCCUCGGGGUCGGAAUCCGAGCGCGUGUGCACGGCUGGAGCAGCCCGGGGCCCACGCUCUGGCAGGUGGCCCAGCGGGGCCCGGUCCCAGAACCUCAGCCCUUCGGGUAGCGGGUCUCUGCCAAAGAGGCCCAGAGCAGACGGAUUGGAGAAAGUUUCCGGGCCCGGCAUGGCCGCGAUCUGGCAGCAGGUGCUGGCCGUGGAUGCAAGGUACAACGCAUACCGCACACCCACCUUCCCCCAGUUCCGAACCCAAUACAUACGGCGCCGGAGUCAGCUGCUGAGAGAAAAUGCCAAGGCAGGGCACGAACCUGCCUUUCGAAGGCAGUACCUAAAGCUGAGGGCCCAGCUGCUGGGACACCGCUAUGGGCCUCUGACAGAGCCCGGGAGCUUUCGAGCCUUCAGCAACAGCGUUAUCCGUAGCAGCCGAACCACACUGGACCGAAUGGAGGACUUCGACGAGGACCCGCGUUCACUUGGUGCCCGUGGCCACCGGCGCUCGGUUAGUCGUGGAUCCUAUCAGUUGCAGGCCCAGAUGAAUAGGAUCAUCUACGAUGAGAGGACGCUAGGCAGUGUCGUGCCUACAUCGGUAGCAGAGGCCAGCCGGGCCAUGGCUGGAGACACUUCUCUGAGUGAAAACUAUGCUUUUGCUGGGAUGUACCACGUCUUUGACCAACAUGUGGAUGAGGCUGUUCCCAAAGUCCAAUUUGCUAAUGAUGAUCGCCACCUGCUAGCUUGUUGCUCCCUGGAUGGCAGCAUCUCUGUGUGCCAGCUGGUACCCGCCCCCCCUGUGGUACUGCGUGUGCUUCGUGGGCAUUCACGUGGCGUGUCUGACUUUGCCUGGUCCCUUUCCAAUGACGUCCUUGUCUCCACGUCGCUGGAUGCCACCAUGCGCAUCUGGGCCACUGAAGAUGGCCGCUGCAUCCGUGAGAUUCCUGACCCAGACGGGGCUGAACUGCUGUGCUGCACUUUCCAGCCAAUCAACAAUAAUCUCACUGUGGUGGGCAACGGGAAGCACAAUGUGCACGUGAUGAAUAUCUCCACGGGCAAGAAAGUGAAGGGUGGCUCCAGCAAGCUGUCUGGCCGCGUGCUGGCUCUGUCCUUUGAUUCACCUGGUCACAUCUUAUGGGCUGGGGACGAUCGAGGCAGGGUCUUUUCCUUCCUUUUUGACAUGGCUACAGGAAAGCUGACCAAGGCCAAGCGGUUGGUGGUCCACGAAGGCAGCUCCAUCACUAGUAUCAGUGCGCGUUCUUGGAUCAGCCGGGAAGCCCGUGACCCCUCUCUGCUCAUUAAUGCCUGCAUCAACAAACUGCUUCUCUACCGGGUAGUGGAUAACCAGGGCACUUUGCAGCUGAAGAGGAGCUUCCCAAUUGAUCAGAGCCAGCAUGCUAUUCGAAGUAUCUUCUGCCCUCUCAUGUCCUUCCGCCAGGGAGCCUGUGUCGUCACAGGCAGCGAGGACAUGUGUGUCUAUUUCUUUGAUGUGGAACGGACCACCAAAGCCAUCGUCAACAAACUGCAGGGCCAUAGCGCCGCCGUGUUGGAUGUCAGUUUCAACUGUGACGAGAGCCUUCUGGCCUCGAGCGAUGCGGUUGGGAUGGUCAUUGUGUGGCGACGGGAACAAGAAUAACCAUCGCCUAACCUGAAGAAAGGCCCGGCCCGAGGCCCAGCACCCGGUCUCAGUGAACUGAGGACAGGCAUAGCGAUAGUGGGGAGGGAUGGAGAAGACUGGAGAGGACCAAGAUGAGCUACCAUAGGCAUAGACUUUUGUAAAUAAUAAAAAUCCAUGUCUGGUGAGGGAAAAAAAGAUUCUGGAUCCCCUUUUUUAGUUGGUUGACUUUCUUUUUUGUAAUCAACUGACUUUAGAUUGUUCUUUUUUUGGUUUUGGUUUUGGUUUUUCCUGAGCCUCAUUUGAAUUUUAAAGUAUUUUUGAGUUAAGUAUUUUUUUUUUUUUUUGGUCAAGUAACCAUUUAACAUUAUCUUUUGGAAUGGGAGAGAAUUUUUUUUUUAAUUAAGUAUUCUUCUGUAAAGAUAAACUUUACAUAAUAACUUUCUAUAUUUGGGUUAUUUCUCCUUUACCUGCUGUUUUGUUUGUUUGUUUGUUUAAGAACUUGUUAGUAUAAUCACCUCUAGUCCUGAGGUGGUAGGAAAUGGUGUCUCUAGCUUCUGGUCUUUCUUCAGUUCUCUCCUCUGGCCUAGAAUCUUCAUAAGUGCCCACAGCCACUUGUCCCACUGCUUUUGUCUUCAUCAAGUAUGUGCUGCUUCCUUCUCAUCCAGGACCUUGUCUUAGCAGCACAACUGAGCCUGGUAUUCCUUAUCAGAAGAGGUUCCCUCAGUAUUCCUAGACUCAAAACCCAAACUCUCCAUGCUUAAACAAAGUUGACUCCACAAACUGGCUGGGAGAUGAAAGCUGCUGUGAUUGGGGCUGAGACUACUCCAAACCCAACUCUUCUUGGGGCUCUCCACUUGUUACUUAAGUAGAACUAGCUGGAGGUGUUUACAUUUCACAUGGACCAAACUUCCAUCUUGGGGUUUUUCUUCAGAUCUCCAGUUGCCCCAGGAGGACCAACUCAUUUCUGCCUCAACUGUUACUUGUUUUUCUUAGUCUACAUUUGUUCCAAAUACACAAUUUUAUUUUGUUUGUGGUGAAAAUGUGCAUGGUUUAGAAUUUUCUGACCUAUCUUCCCAAAAUCCUAUUGCUAUGAGCACUUACUAAUAAUGAGAGGACAAAACCUACAGAAAGUUUGGCUUGGAAAUGGAAAGAAGGUGAGGACCAAAG